AAAUGCCAUCUCUAUUAUCAAACCAUAAACAGAUGCUGAGCCCUCUACAAACUUCAAAUCCCGCGUGAAAACCUAUUCCCACUGAUAAGCGCCAUGACGACGACGGAACGUGUUGCGAAAGUAGUGCUGGUGGACAUCGAGGGCACCACCACUUCGAUCAGUUUCGUGCACGAUGUACUAUUUCCGUAUGCCAAGGAGAACGUGAAUAAAUUCCUUCGGGACUCAUGGAAAAGCGACGACACCAAGCAGAUUGUCCAGGAUCUGCAGCAGGUUCCUCAGUUUGCGGAUUACAAGGACACUUUGAGUGCCCCUCCAGCGGAACUGGAUGCGGAACUCAUUACCGGCUUCGUGCGCUAUCUGAUCGACAAAGAUCUCAAGGUGACGCCGAUGAAAACGCUCCAAGGCUUAAUUUGGGCUCAGGGUUAUGCCAGUGGAAAGCUCAAGGGGCACGUCUAUGAGGACGUCCCAGCAGCCUUUCAGGCCUGGCGAGAUGCUGGCCUGCGGAUUGGAGUCUACUCCAGCGGCAGCGUAGCCGCCCAAAAGCUGAUAUUCGGCCACAGCAUUGCUGGCGACCUAAUGACCCACCUAAGUGCCUACUUCGAUACGCAUGUGGGUCACAAGCAGGAGCAACAAUCUUACGAAAAUAUAGCAAAAUCUUUGGAAGUCGCUCCAGAGCAGAUUCUAUUUCUUACGGAUAUUCCCGGAGAAGCCGCAGCAGCUCGCUCUGCCGGAUUGAAAGCCAUCUUACUUCAACGCCCUGGAAAUGCCCCCUUAACCGACUCUCAAAAAAGCACCUACGAGGUGAUCCCGGACUUUAAGCCCCUUUACAACCUUCAACUGCCUUGAAUUUAAUUCGUUAAGUAAUAAUAAAUAAAAAGGUUUACGAAUCUUAA